AUCAGGUUACCUUGACUGACAGCGUAACCAUGGCAAAUAAUUUGACUAAGGCUAUUGUCUGAUCCUCACCAUCCCCAGGUCAGAUAACCGACCAAUCAGAGUUCAUAUAAUCGCUUGUCUUGCCAGCUUAGAAUAAUAUUAUUAAAACGAGCCAGCGAGCCCGGUCUCCGGGAGUAGGUGAUGUUGAAACGGCAUAGAAAAGGUGGAGGAGGACGGUUAAAGGAGUAGCAACUUUCUCUCUUUCGCACAAACUAUAUGAGGGAUUGUCGCCUGGGGUUUUGCAUGGCUGAAUGGACUUGAGUUAAUACGCAGUUGGAUAUUACCUAACCUUGGGCUGUUUUAAGUUUUAGGCUGCUCUUUUGGGGACCUUUUGUCGCUUAUGGACUUAAUGCGUUUUGAUUUAAUGUGAGACUAAGAGGGGAGACGUGGAAGUAAGGCACAAUAUAAUCUGUAUUGAUUUACGUUGUCGCCAUGUCCAUGCUUCCGACGUUUGGUUUUACGCAGGAACAAGUUGCGUGUGUUUGCGAAGUACUCCAACAAGGGGGGAACAUCGAGCGGCUGGGGCGCUUCCUCUGGUCGCUCCCGGCGUGCGAACACCUCCACAAAAAUGAGAGCGUCCUCAAAGCGAAAGCCGUGGUCGCUUUCCACCGGGGGAACUUCCGAGAGCUCUACAAGAUCCUGGAGAGCCACCAGUUUUCGCCGCACAACCACCCGAAGCUGCAGCAGCUGUGGCUCAAAGCGCACUACAUCGAGGCGGAGAAGCUGAGAGGCCGCCCGCUCGGCGCCGUGGGGAAGUACCGCGUCCGGAGAAAGUUCCCCCUGCCUCGCUCCAUCUGGGACGGAGAAGAGACAAGCUACUGCUUCAAGGAAAAGAGCAGGAGCGUCCUCCGAGAGUGGUACACCCACAAUCCUUACCCAUCCCCGCGGGAGAAAAGAGAGCUGGCCGAGGCCACGGGACUCACGACCACGCAGGUCAGCAACUGGUUCAAAAACCGACGGCAGCGAGACCGAGCAGCGGAGGCGAAGGAAAGAGAAAACAACGAGAACUCCAACAGCAAUAGUCACAACCCAUUGACUUCUUCCAUGAAUGGAAAUAAAUCUCUAUUGGGGAGCUCGGACGACGAUAAAACCCCCUCGGGGACACCGGAUCACACGUCUCAGAGCCCGGCUCUGCUCCUCGGCUCACACACCGGUUUACAGUCCCUGCACGGCCUCGCGCCCCCGCCGGGACCCAGCGCCAUCCCGGUACCCAGCGGUGCAGACUCGGUGCACCAUCACCACUCAUUGCACCACGACACCAUACUGAACCCUAUGUCUUCUAAUCUAGUGGACCUUGGCUCUUAAAAGAGCGGCACAGAAGAGGGACAGAGAGCAGCGGUUUUAAAAAAAAAUAGUAAUUUACGAGGUGGCGUGAAUCAAGCUUCAAGCACUUGCGGCAAGGUGCAAGGCAGGCAGACUGGACUGGAACACUGCGAAAUAAGCCACCGUAACAAAUCAUUUAGUCUCAUAUUCAAAGUUUAAAGUCUUUUGGGGAAAAUCUGCCAGUGGGCGAACUGAUGCACAAUUAAACUUAUUAACAGCUUGUUUCGGGGAUUUUCUAGUUACAAGUGUCAAUGCAGAGCACUUAAGAACACUUGGAAAUAUUCUACAAAGAGGUACCAUCUAUUGACAUAUUUUGUCUUUAAUUCGUAUGAGGGAAAUGGUAUUCAAAGACGAUUAAUAGAGAUUAUAUGGCUUGUUCAAACGGAUCAUUUUUGCAGUGCUGAUGCAGACAAAAGGUGAAGCGGAUCUAGGUCGUUUUGGGUAAAAAGAAAAAAGAAAAG